CAAGCAUUUGCUUCCUGCUAUUGCUAAAUAACUUUCACUUUCAUUUUGAAGCUAAAAACGAAGAGGAACAGAGCUGAAGAGAGGAGACGUGAAGGGGAACAACUCGCUGAGCAAGACAGAUGGCCGUUACCGUAUUCUCCAGAUCAGGAAAGGAGGAAUAUAAGUGGUUAACAGAAGUGCUAAAAUGUGAUGCUGGCAGCUUCUAUAUCUCCAACACGAAUAGUGAAAAAUUCAGGGCUGAGGUCAAUAAAUGCAAAUCCGCCAUCUUGUAUCACUCAAAAAACAGAGGAAGAGUGAACAUCACAGAUGUGACCGACUCUCUGUAUGAUGAUGAGCUGAAGUAUCUGUCAAGUAAACUUGGUAAAGACAAUGUGAUCGUUGUUGUCGAUGACCUUGAUGACAGCGGCCCUGAAGCAAAGGCAAGAAUUUUAAAUAAUCAGCAGAGCAUAAAUAGAUUUGCUAAAGAUCUAUUCUUGUUCACCAAAGAGGAUAAGAAAGACAAAAAAAUCCAGGAGACAAUGAAGCCAAUAAUUGAAAUUCUUUCUGGAUCCAUAAACAAACUUGAUUGUAGGUUGAUCGUGUUAUAUACAAUAACAGCAUCCACUGUAGUGAAUGCUUUCAGCAGACGUAGUUUCACAAAUUAUCAACUCGCCUUAUUUUGGAUUGUGAUAUCAUGUAGGAAAAAGUAUGUUGGCAGCAGUAGACCUCUGUUACCGAAAUGCCCAGGAGAAAGCACUUUACUUACUUUAGCUGCAUUUGGGACAGGAGGUUAUUUAUUAUUUUCUUAUUGCAGAAGGUUCCCAUCCUUCAUAACAGAAAGGUUUCCAAACUUGUAUAGAUGAUGUUGUACUACAAAAUAUUACACAACUGUAUUAAGAUGGUGAAUUAAAUAUAUCAUUUUAAUCAAGGGAAUGGACAUUUUUUUAAAUUUCCUUCAAACAAUGAUAAAAAGAUCAAUCAACCAUCACAAACAAAUUGUAUAAAACUGAUUACAAGAAUAAAAUAAAAUGUCUCUGGUUUGGAAGAUCACGGGCAGACAUAGAUCAUUCACCAUCUUUGUACUCAAGUUGCAGCAGAAGUUCCAUAACGUUAGAGAUUUUGGAGAGACCAGGAGGUUUUGAAAAAGAAGUGGGUGUAGUUUUUGGUUGUUCUAGAACCUACAGUUCUUCUUGUUCCAAGUCUCCUGCCCCUCCCCCAUCCUAAGCACAAUGAGGCUACAACAAAAAUAUAUUAUGUUGCUUUUGUUCCUCAUACACACCCAACUGCCUCUGAGUAUGUGGUGAGCAUUGGCUUAUAUGUACUGUAAUAACCAUGUGCUCCAAUAGCACUGCACUCAGCUGAUGCACUGUGAGAUAGUGGGGCCCCUUUCAAUUUUGUUAAUUUUUUUGACAAUAAAAUAAAUGUAAUUUUAAAUUA